AUGAACAGCGUCGGGGGGGCUUGCACAGACAUGAAGCGUGAGUACAACCAGUGUUUCAACCGGUGGUUUGCCGAGAAGUUCCUCAAGGGAGAUGGUUCCGGGGACCCGUGCACCAAUCUCUUCAAGCGUUACCAGCAGUGUGUUCAGAAAGCAAUAAAGGAGAAAGAGAUUCCUAUUGAAGGACUGGAGUUCAUGGGCCAUGGCAAAGAAAAGCCUGAAAAUUCUUCUUGACCUUGCUUGUUACCUUGAAAAUGGAUUCCUCAUAUUAGGAAAUUAAGAAGAGUUUGGACUUUGUCACCUUAAGGCUAUGAAGUCAGCAAUGCAAUUUAAUGAGUUUGGGAGGAAGUUGUUUCUUCCUCCCAUUUGUAAAAGAUGCUGCUUUGAGAUGAUUUCUCACGUGCUUUGGCAUGCAGGAACUCAGUGUGCUAAAUUGAA